GCUAUGUGAGGUCGAUUGGCAAAUUGUCCGUGUGAGUGAUACCUUCAUGAGAAUCAAUACUAUGACUCAUAUUGUGAAGAUGCCGUACAAACUGUUACAAGAAAUUACAAAUAACUUCAGCGAGGAGCAGAGGCUUGGGAGUGGUGCGUUUGGAGAGGUUUACAAGGGAGUGCUUGAGGGAAAAGAGAUUGCCGUAAAAAAGCUGCGUUCCAUGCAAGGGAUUAACGAGAAGCUAUUCGAAACUGAAUUUGGACAUCUUAAGAGGCUAAAACAUCAAAAUAUCGUUCAAUUAGUGGGCUUCUGCCGUGAAGAAGAGGAAGUAGUUGUAAAUCAUGAAGGAAAAGAAGUAUGUGCUUUGUAUAUACACAGGGCACUCUGCCUCGAGUAUAUGCCAAACGGAAGCCUUGGCAACUGUCUUUCUGGACAAUAUCUUGGACAUAAUUGGCAAGUGCACUUCAGAAUAAUUAAGGGCAUCUGUGAAGGUUUAAAAUACCUUCAUGAUGUGUCCAUUAUGCAUUUUGAUCUAAAGCCAGAUAAUAUAUUGCUUGAUGGGGAUAUGGUGCCCAAAAUAGCAGACUUCGGUUUAUCGAGGCUAGUGGGACAACAGAACACUAUAAUGACAAUGUCUCCUCUAGGGACACUUGGAUUCUUGCCUCCGGAAUUUAUAAAUAAGCAAGUAAUCUCAAAAGAGUACGACAUAUUUAGCUUGGGAGCUAUAAUUAAAAGAAUAGUUACUGGAGCAAUGGACAAGGAGAGUAUUCCUGACAUGGAUCAACCGGAAUAUGCUGAGCUUGAUGUGUCCGGGUGUAGCACACUAGUACUUCUAACCUACAUGUGCAAGCUUAAGGGUCUGUUUGGUUCUCAGCCACACUUUGCCAAGCUUAACUUUGGCAAGUGUGAAGUUCCUGCAAUCAUCCUAAUGUACAGUACAUGGGUGGUUACAAAGGGCAUACUAGAAGAUGGAACAAAGAUUGUCGUGGAGAAGCUUGAGGAAAAUUCUUCGAUGGUACCUCACAAAGCAUUUCACUAUGAGAUUGGUGAAUCUUGCCGACUUGAUUGGAAUACACGUUUCAGAAUAAUUAUGGGCAUUUGCCAGGGGAUGCAUUUCUUGCAGAAGAAGGGUGGACCACCCGUCCGUUUGGAGCUUAAUCCUAACAACAUAUUCUUGGAUAAGAAUAUGGUACCCAAAAUUGCCGGUUAUGGUGUCGGGAGACUCUUGAAUCAUGCAAGCCAGAUGAAUAGAAGGCCAAUUGUGGGAACAUCUGUAUACAAGCCUACCCAAUAUUAUAAAGAAGGAAGUAUCUUCCUCGGCAAGGCUAUAUACUACUUGGGUAUUUUAAUCGUGGAGAUUGCUACAGGGGAGAAAUACAACGUUCGCAAUGUAUAUAGAGACUGGACAGAUGAAGGUAUAGAAUGGAACUAUUCAUCUUUAGACACCACUGGCAUUAAUCAAGUGAAAGCAUGCAUGCAGAUUGGGCUGAUGUGUGUCGAGACCAAUACACGUCGAGCACCUACUAUAAAGUUUAUUGUCAACAAUUUGAGAAAAACUACAUAUUUUGGCGCGAUGCCAGAGAAGUUUAGCUCAGUUGUGUCCCAGCUCAGCUCAGCAGUUGUUCCCGUUGUACAGAUCAGGUCCGGCUCCAUUAGCUUUGUCAGGGUUCAACCCCGGCGGCUCUGCUUCCCGUACGAGUCGAAAAGAUUGACCUCAUGUUCGCUGUACCUAAUAAACAACACAUUAUUCCGUGUCGUAUUCAGUCUCCAGACGAAAAACCCAAGGAGGUACUAUACAAAGCUACCGUUUUGCGGCAUUGUGCCACCAAAGUGCAGCUACACUCUCACUGUGACAAUGCUUGAGCAGAAGAAAAAUGCAACAUUCAGCAGCCACGAGUUUCUCACCCUGCAGAGCAGCAUAGUGCCGGGUCAGCAGCUCAAAAAUGUAAACGCAGAUUCCGUUGCCGCGUUUUUUGAGGAAGUAAGAAAGAUGGCCGGCAGUUCAUCAAACAAAAGAAAGAUCGUUUGUGAGGUGCAAGAGGUGCGGAUUCCAGUUGUAUGUAACCCACCAGAGAUGAGCACCUCAGAUCAGCGGUCGAAGCUUCUCAAUCCAGCAGAGACAGUAGAACUUGUAUGUGGAGGGAUUUCCCUAAACCUCGUUUUAUCUGUGGUGGUUGGACCAGAUCAUAGCCAGUCCCAACUAUCGGCAGGUGUUGUCCAUAGAUGUUCAUCCAACAAAGCCAUGGAUCUUGACGACCAACAACAGGGGUAAUGCUUCCAUUUGGAACUAUGAGACGAAUUAUAUUCGGGGAAAUUUAUUGAACAGAAGGAAUGGCUAGUAGUUGGGGGUGGCGAUGGGUACAUCUAUGUGUACAGUUAUGAAUCUUCUGAUACAUUGGAAGAAAUCGAGUGUUUCAAGGCUCAUGAUGGCCAUCAUAUCAUGUCUUUGGCUGUGAAACCAACUCAAUCUUUUGUGCUGUCAGCAUCUGACGAUCGCCUGAUUAAGCUAUGGGACUGGGCGAAGGGAUGGGAAUGUAUUCGAACAUUUCAGGGGCACUAUAACAAAGUCACACACAUUUGGAACAGCGAUGCUGCUGAAUGCAACAUCACGUUGCACGAGCAUCCGGAUGGAGUGAUCUGUCUUCAAUACUUCUCAGGUGACAAUCGGCAGCUUUUGAUUGCUGGCUCUUCGGACGGUACGGCCAAGAUCUGGGAUCUAGAAACAGAAAGUUCUGUUGGUCUCAUACAAGGAGAUGGAGAACAGCUAAAUGCCCUCUUCUUGCACCCUGAACUGCCGGUACUAAUUACAGGUUUACAUAAUGGGACCGUCCAAAUAUCGAAGUCCACUAGCACUACUGCAUAUAGGCUUGAGAACAUAGCUAGUUUUAACCUGGGUGCAGUUAAAGCAGUUGGACACAUUAAACGCUUAAGAAGGAUUUUGGUGGCGUGUGACCAAGGACUAGCCGUGCUGGAAAUGAACGUGCUGCUAAGAGCUGGCCUCGGUUAG